CUUAUUCUUUCCCGAUGGGGGUGUAUCGCCAUCUCUCCUGGUAAAGGUCGACCGAGGUCUUGAAGACGAACCCGAUGCAACUCAGUUUGGCCAAUACCACUCCGUAAGUGUUGUCAACCCCACAAGUAUUUCUGCUAUUAGAUUGACAUCCUAGGCAGCCCAGACACGAUGGGUCACGACUUCUCGGACAAAUGACAGAAACCGGUCAGAAUCUCCUCGCAUGCUAUCGCCGCACUCGUUGCAUUUCAGACUAUCACGCAGCCACGGAACAGCUGCGCCUUGCGCUUGAUUAUUGUGGCAGUGAUCACCCCGACCGUGCAGCAGCAUUGACUAAUUUAGCGGACGCUCUUGUGAUUCACCCACAUAUUGAAGAAAGCGAUAACGCUAUCAAUGCCCCUAUCUCGUUGUAUCAGGAAGCGCUGGAGCUUCGCCGAUCGGGGCACCCAGACCGUUCCUUAGCACUCCUCAAGCUUGGACUCGCAUUGCUAUACCGUUUUCAACUAAGGAAAAAUCCUGCAGAUGUAAUGGAAGGCCAAGACCUGCUGAAUCGUGCACAGCUUGUCUGUUCGGACGACAACCCCGAUAUCGAACCCGUCAUUGACGCAAUCAGGAGCCCCACUCCUACCAAUACUUCAAAGAGUCACCGCUCUUCGGCGGUGCCUCCAUCACCUCCUUCACCGCUUUCACGAAUGUCGAUGAACUCCGCAGCCUCACAGCCCCAUAAAUUCCCAGAAGCACCGGGACACACUGCUGACAUAUCAACACGUUCUGUUCCGGCGUUGAUGAGAAGCAUGAACGGUGAAUCACUGCUGCAGCAUGGUCAGGCAGAACAAUUCGGAGAUGAGAAAAAGUUUGCCGCAGAUGAAACUGAUGCAUCACCACCAGCCUGUCAGCCCACACAUCCUCGCUUGCAAUCGGGAACUCUAUACACGAACUCUGUUAUGAUGCCCCCUCAACUACUGCCAGGAAGCCCGCGCAGAGAAUGUAGCAUGCUGGCCCCUGAUGUCGGAAUGCAGGCAAUACAACCACAGCAGGCUAUUAAAUCUAUCUCAUCACCGCUCACACCCCAUUCGUUUCUCCCCUUGCCGGUACCAGCUGCUCAGGCCCCAAAUCUGCUCGCCUCUAACCUCCGUAUAGCAUUUGUUGCUGUUUUAAUGUCUUUAUCUAUUCUCCUGUUGAUGACGUGUCCAUUGGAUGAGCUAUGGUUUUGAUUAAUGUUAUUAUUGCUACCUGCAUUCACAUCUGUAAUACUAGGACUGCGCAUAGAAUCUGUACAACAACUGUAACAUCAAACUGUAUUUUCAUUAUGAUAUACCUCGCACUGCAUAUAUAUGUUCUCGGCGUAACUAUGUAUACUAUAUAUGUUGCAAGUAAAUAUGCCU